CCCGCACGUCACCGGCAAGAUGGCGGCGCCCGGCUGGCCUAGCCUGGCGGAGCCGGGGAGCCCCCUGCCCCAACUCGGAGAAAAUUCUGAAUAGUAACAGUGAAGACUGACAUGACACUGACUACUGCACACAUUGCUACAGCAGAGGCAUUGGAGCUGUUUGCCUGCAGACCUAAGAAGGCAUAUCAGUUUACACUCUGUUUAGGAUUGGAAGGUUUAAAAAUGUCUGAUAAGAAAAUAAUUAUGAACAGAGCCCAUGAUAUUGAGAAGCUACUCUCUGAAAAUAAUUUUCAAGAUAUUGGAAAUCACCUCACAGAAUUUGAAGCUGUUGAUAUGACUAUAGAAUAUCUUCAGGAGACUGAUGUUGCCAAAGCUGUGUACAGAGUCCUCCAGAACUGUCCUGCAAUAACAUUGAAAAAGAAAGCAAAGCAUUUAUUAUCAAAGUGGAAGACACUUUACAAGAAUAACUAUCUUUCAUCGAUACAAAGUAAAAAGUCAGUUUCUGAGACUGUGAAAGAGCACAAUGAAUAUUUCAGUGUGGUUCCAAAAGAACAAACUGAGUUUUCUGAAGAAUUGAAUCAGCAUGAAAUGUUAGAUGCUGCUGGUGCUAACAGUUUGCUAACAUCACAAAAUGUUCCAAAAGAUGAAAUGUAUAAUAAGCCAAAAAGCUGUGUGAAUCAACUGGGUCUUUUAGAAGAACAGCGCACUGAUAACGAAGACGCUAAACCUGCUGGCAGUGAAACAAGCCCACAGCAAGAACAUCUGAAGGCCAUGAGGUUGAAAUGCACAAAACUUAUUUAUAAAGCCUUGACUGAUUCUGCCACAAGCAAAGAGGAAGCCAAUAAGUGGCAAGAAUUAUCCAGAGAAAUUGAAGAGUGUAUUUUUGCUCUUCAUGCUAGAAAUGACAAAAAGUACAAAAAUUGUAUCAGAAGCAAAGUCUCUAACUUGAAGAAUCCUAAAAAUUUCCACUUAAAACAUAACCUAUUUUCAGGGACUAUGAGUCCAAAGACUUUUGCUGAGAUGACAGUGAUGGAAAUGGCCAAUGAUGAACUGAAACAACUCAGGGCUUUGUACACAGAAUCAUCUGUUCAGGAACAUCAGCUUCCCCAAGUUAUUGAUGGCACACAGACAGACAAAAUAAAAUGUAGGCGCUGUGAAAAAUUUGAUUGCACUGUCACUAUGAUUGCCAGGGGAACUCUCUUCCUUCCUAGUUGGGUGCGAAAUGCAAAUCCAGAUGAACAAAUGAUGACUUAUGUUAUUUGUAACGAAUGUGGAGCGCAGUGGUACCACAGCAGAUGGGUUUGUCUGUGAUUAUUAAUCCUUUAAUGAAUAUCACUUAAAAGUGAAAAACGUAAAAUAGAUAUCAGAAGAAAAGUGUGUUGGGAUUAUUUUUAUACUUGUUUUAGAUGUUUAUAAAUCAGUGCUAUUGUGCAGACACUGCAAAUAAUAAGUUGUAGAAUAAUAGCUAAAAGAUGAUCAUAAAAUAAUUUUGGAGGUUG